UUUAAAUAUGAGUUCUUCAAUUUCUUCUAAAGUUAAAUUAGACCAAGAGGUUUGUGCUGAUGCCGACAAAUUGGUUCGAUUAUAUACAGAAUUGGCAGAUUUGCGUCGAAACAAAAUAAUUAAUUUAUACAGCUCCAACGGGCCACAAUUGAUAUGGAAUGGAAAUUGUUAUAGCGGCUUAACAGAAAUUGGAUCAUUUUGGGAUAAUCUGCCAUCCACACAACACGAAGUAAUCUGCUUGGAUGCGCAUCGAAUUGACCCAACAAGCGAUGAUAUGUCCAUUGUUGUCCUUUCAAUGGGAAAAGUUACUAUUGGGGGGUUAACACAUGCUUACAAUCAAUCUUUGGUUCUUAUUCUUGAAGAUGGGACAUACAAAGUUAAAAGUGACACAUACAGGCUUAUGGACUAG